CCGGGCGCGGGCUCGGCGGCGCCGGCGCUGGGCUACGGCUACCACUUCGGCAACGGCUACUACAGCUGCAGGAUGGCCCACGGGGUGGGCAUCCAGCAGGGCGCGCUCAAGGCGGCGCCGCACGCCUCGCUGGGCGGCUUCCCCGUGGAGAAGUACAUGGACGUCUCCAGCCUGGCCGGCACCAGCGUCCCCGCCAACGAGGUCUCCUCGCGGGCCAAGGAGGUGUCCUUUUACCAGGGCUACCCCAGCCCCUACCAGCACGUGCCCGGGUACAUAGACAUGGUCUCCACGUUCGGCUCGGGGGAACCGAGGCACGAGACAUACAUAUCCAUGGAGGGCUAUCAGUCCUGGACUCUGGCUAAUGGCUGGAAUAGUCAGGUUUACUGUGCCAAAGAUCAGACCCAGAGCUCCCACUUUUGGAAAUCCUCCUUUCCAGGGGACGUUGCACUAAACCAGCCAGAUAUGUGCGUCUACCGCCGCGGGAGGAAGAAGCGAGUGCCUUACACGAAACUGCAGCUCAAAGAACUGGAGAACGAGUAUGCCAUUAACAAGUUCAUUAACAAAGACAAGAGGCGCAGAAUAUCCGCCGCCACGAACCUGUCUGAGCGACAAGUGACCAUUUGGUUUCAGAACCGAAGGGUGAAGGAUAAGAAAAUAGUCUCCAAGCUGAAAGACAACGUCUCUUGAUCCACUGGUUGCGGACGGUGAUGGAAAUAUAAAUACAAUUUACAACCAGCUAAAGACUUUUGGAAAGACUUGAAAAUAUAUUUAAUUCCCCCC